UCUUUAAAAAAAUAAAGAAAAAAACAGUUUCAUUGGAACAUUCGUUUAUUUUGUCUUAUCUGUGCUGGUUAUCCCAUGAUGCAGUGCAGUGUUUUGUAAGUCUCCAGUUUAAUGUGGCUUAUUUUCCCCAAUCGAAGAUGGCGGUGCAGGAAUCAGCUGCUCAACUCUCCAUGGCACUGAAGGUCCAGGAAUAUCCAACUUUAAAGGUUCCUUAUGAGACCUUGAACAAGCGCUUCAGGGCUGCUCAGAAGAAUAUAGACCGGGAGACAAGUCACGUGACCAUGGUUGUGGCAGAGCUGGAGAAGACUCUGAGCAGCUGCCCAGCUGUGGAGUCUGUAGUUUCUUUACUAGACGGGGUUGUGGAGAAACUCAGUGCUCUGAAAAGAAAGGCUGCAGAGUCUAUCCAGGCUGAAGACGAGAGUGCGAAAUUGUGCAAGCGGCGCAUCGAGCACCUGAAGGAGCACAGCAGCGACCAGCCGGCUGCAGUGAACGUGUGGAAGAAGCAGCGCAUGGACCGCAUGAUGGUGGAGCACCUGCUGCGCUGCGGCUACUACAGCACUGCUGUGAAGCUCGCCAGGCAGAGCGGCAUAGAGGACCUUGUAAAUAUCGAGAUGUUCCUCACUGCUAAAGAGGUUGAGGAGUCCCUGGAGAGACAGGAAACCGCCACCUGCUUGGCAUGGUGCCACGACAACAAAUCAAGACUUCGAAAGAUGAAGUUUUCCUUCCAGAGCUGUCUGGAGUUCAGCCUUCGAAUUCAAGAGUUCAUUGAGCUUAUCCGACAAAACAAAAGGAUGGAUGCAGUCAGGCAUGCCAGGAAGCACUUCAGCCAGGCUGAGGGAGGUCAGCUGGACGAGGUCAGGCAGGUGAUGGGAAUGCUGGCCUUUCCCUCCGACACUCAUAUUUCUCCUUACAAGGAUCUCUUGGACCCAGCUCGCUGGAAGAUGCUGAUACAACAGUUCAGAUACGACAAUUAUAGAUUACAUCAGCUUGGCAACAAUUCUGUCUUUACCAUAACUCUUCAAGCUGGGCUCUCGGCUAUAAAAACUCCACAAUGUUACAAGGAUGAUGGCACUUCAAAAAAUCCGGAUUGCCCAGUCUGCAGCAAGUCUCUGAACAAGCUAGCACAGCCACUGCCUAUGGCACACUGUGCCAACUCCCGGCUAGUCUGUAAAAUCUCUGGAGAGGUUAUGAAUGAAAAUAACCUUCCCAUGAUGCUUCCCAAUGGAUAUGUAUAUGGAUACAAUUCUCUGCUUUCCAUUCGUCAAGAUGAUAAGGUGAUCUGCCCAAGAACCAAAGAGGUCUUCAACUUUUCGCAGGCUGAGAAAGUCUACAUCAUGUAAAUGUACCGACCUGGGGCGAUGCUCCGGUACAGGAAAUGAUGGCAUGCCUGGUCGGGUAGCCCAAGUCUGCCUGGAGAGUCGGACCUGUCCAAUGUGGGCAUUGUUUCUUUAGACCAAAGAACAAACUGCACAAACAUCUGUGGAGCGUUUCAUAAAUCAGAGAAGAAAGAAAUGAAAAACUAAUUUUAAGAUUGUACUUUGAAAACAACAUUCAUAUUUUGAUUGCGGGGGUUUAUAACAUCAUAGAAUUGAUUUUGGAAAAUUUGAUGUUAAAAAAAAAAAAAAAAAAAAAAAACCCCAACCCCCCCCCCCCCCCCCCCAAAAAACCUACAAAAAAAAUUGCAUUUAGUGUUGUGUGUGUGUGUGUAGUGCUCACUAUCAAUAUCAUUAGUGCUGCUGCCUUUAUUUUUGCUGUUCAGAAUGUAAAUCCAAUAGCACUUUUACCAUGUUGGUGUUGACAGUCGGAGGGGGAAUCAGAAGACCAACAUGGCAAAAAGGUUAAUUACAUUUUGGAUGAUGCAUAAACUGGGACUAAUAAAUCCUGUUUAAACUGUGCAUUCUAUUAUCCAGCGCCCUAUGUGAUUUCAGAAGACUAGCUGCUUCUGGCAAUAUUAACUAUUAAAAAGUAUUGGAAAUGUAGAAGAUUGUUUUAGUACUUGUGUGCAUGUUUACAUUGUUUAGAGUAUAGAACAAGUUGUAAAAUUGCUGAAACAGGUUGUUAAUAAAAACAAGUUGCUGUUUUUUC